AUGAUAAUAAUCCACGGACUAGGCGACUCGUCCGACGGUUGGAAGUUCUUUGCAGAUCUUUUGCACAGACAGGAGCAGUUUAGACACAUCAACGUGAUUCUGCCUAAUGCCCCUGUCAUUCCCGUGACUGUUUGCAACGGAAUGCCAACGAGUUCAUGGUUUGAUCUGACCAGGUUCCCGAUCGACCACAAAGUGGAGGAGGACCCGGUCACGUUUUGGAAGAGUGUUGACGAGAUAAAGCAACUAGUCGAGACUGAGGUGAAAAAUGGCAUUCCAAGCAACCGCAUCGUUGUGGGCGGAUUUUCACAGGGUGCAGCAUUGAGCCUUGCAGUCGGCGCAACUUGUAACCGCACGCUUGCGGGUAUUGUGGCGUUGUCUGGAUUCUGCCCCGUGGAGAAGUCGCUCAAAGAUAAAGUCCAGACCACGAACCUGAAUACUCCAGUCUUCUUUGGACACGGAGACAGAGACCCUGUGGUACCAAUUGCAGCGGCCCGUCACGCCGUCGAUGUGUACAAAAAGGCAGGUUUGCAAAACAUCGAGUUCAAAGAAUACAGAGGAAUGGAGCACUCUUCGUCGCCUGAAGAGAUGGCAGACCUCAUGCGGUUUUUAGGCCAGACGAUUCCACAGUGA